GCGCUUGUUGGAAACGAAGAUUCCUUCCUCAUUUGAAAGUUAAAAUGAAAAGUAAAACACUGUUUUAACGACGAAUAUGACAAUGAAGUUGGGAUGGACUUGGCUCGUUUUAUCGGUACUUUUGAGCAGUGUUUUAGGAAGUGGUAACCUCACUACAAUACCCAUCACAACUUCAGGCAAAAACAGAACACUGUCUCCCAGCGCCAGUAUCCCAAGAAGCACUCCCAGUACUCCACGCAAUAUUUCGUCAACGAUAAUAUUCGCAUCAACUCCAACAGCAACGGGUGCUUCACUCAUCAUUGUGACACAGAAUGGCACCACGGUUCCUCUACGUUCUUGCACGUUAACAAGUUUGUCAAUUAACAUACACCCACAGCCUACCCAUGCACCAUCAACGAAUGCCACCCACAGCUCUGUCAUGCCAACGCGAAGGAGAAAUUUUUGUGCAAAAUACGACCGAGCACCUUGUGAAGACGUAUUUGCAAAAUCAUGGACACAAUUCAAUGAAUCAAAGCGAUAUUUUGAUUCAAACUUUGGACUGAAUGGAACAGAACGAUUCCUGAGUAUCAUGCUACAAGAAAGCAAAAAAACUGUCACAGACAAAAGAUGCAAAUGGUUGAUUGAUGUCUCCUUAUGUCAGUAUACGCUAGCGCCAUGCAAUGUCAAUGGUGAACCUAUUUCCCUCUGUCGCGAAGACUGUGAAUGCUUGUCGAAGGAAUGCAAAACUUAUCUGGAUAGAUUAAUCGGCUCCGCGGCACUUCUUCAACAUUUAAAGGGUUUUGACUUUCAACAUUUAGUAUUGCCCACUAACUGCUCGGUUUACCCUGCUUGGAAGCCUGGCAAUGGCUCGUGUGUCUAUACUGGGCUUUUUGAUCAUUCGAAGUGUACGAGUUCGGCAGGAUUUAACAGGAAGAUUUUGUGGAUUUCUGUCGGUGCUGGCUCCGGAUGUCUUAUUCUUGUCAUAUCAAUAGUCGUCAAAUCUUGCAUAAACCAUCGUCGAAAGAAAUCUAAGAAGAAGUUGGCACUUGAGAAAGUGGCUCUAAAUGGAAUGAAAACUCGUAUCGACUCCUCGACGUCAAUGAAGAGUAGACUGUCACAUAUGCUUGAUGAGUCCUUAUUGUCCUCGAAGAUUGCAGAAAUGUACGACCCUAGCAGGCUAAAACAGUUUUCUCUGGAUAACAUUGAAUACAUUUCUGAUUUGGGAGAAGGACAGUUUGGAUUGGUUUUUAAAGGGUUAGCAGUAGGUAUAGACGAGACAGAGGAUCCGUUCAAAGCAACAAAUGUUGCUGUAAAAACAUUAAAACAAGAUUGUAACGAAAGCAGUAAAGACGAAUUUAACCAGGAAGUCGCUUUUAUGUCUGUUCUUAAUCAUCCUAAUGUUGUCAAACUUCUUGCUGUUGCGACUGAAGAGGAGCCAUACUGCAUGAUCUUUGAGUUCAUGGAACUGGGUGAUUUAAAUCAGUUUCUAAGAAAGGUUAAACCACUGGACGGCUCGAGCGAGAUUCCAGAAAAUGAGCUUUGUUUGGAAGAUUUUCUCAGCAUCUGUCAACAGAUUGCUUCAGGAAUGUCAUAUCUUUCUUCCUUGCAUUUUGUGCACCGUGAUUUAGCAACAAGAAAUUGCUUAGUUGACAGUGGACUGGUUGUGAAGAUUGCUGACUUUGGACUAGCGAGAGAUAUAUAUUCCUCAGACUAUUAUAAGGUUCGGGGGGAUGCAAUGUUACCUGUACGAUGGAUGCCGCCAGAGGCAGUUCUUCAUGGCAAAUUCACAGUUCAGUCAGAUGUAUAUUCUUACGGUGUGGUGAUGUGGGAAGUAUUUACUUAUGCCUUACAACCUUACUAUGGUUAUACAAACGAUGAAGUCAUUGCUUUUGCAAAGCAGGGUGUAUUACUUGGUCAACCAGAUGAUUGCCCGGAACAUAUUUACAAACUUAUGUUGGAUUGUUGGCAAAGGCCACCUGAGAAACGUCCAAAUUUUGAGACUAUCAUCAAAAGACUUGUAAAAGAACCACCAGCAAUGUCAGAGUACAGUUUUCCCAAGAGCGUGUCAGUUAUAGUUGAAGAGUCAGGGGAGAAUACCAAUGACCAACCAUUGGGAAAAAUUCCAGUUCCAAAGCCUGUGAAACUUUCAAAUCACUAUGUUUACCCAGGCGCUAUUGUUAAUUGUGGCUUCAAUUCGGAUAAGGGCGAAUUUAGUAAAAAAACUGGAACUCUAUCAUCGGUUGGAAACAAUUCUGCUGAGGAUGAAGUUCAAUUGGAUCGCGGUUAUCAAAACAUUACUGUGACAUAGCGGGAAAGCUGUGGAGAUAUGCGGGUAUAUAUGGAUAGAAACUCAAAUUUCCUUCGCUAUCAUUCAUUUUCUUUAAUCUCACUUUCAAGUUAACCCUCUUCACAUUAAUUAUAUAACUUGAACUUCUAAAAGUGAAAGAUAUAAAUACUUUACGUCGUUUCUUGGAAAUGCAUGCAUGAAGUGCGUAUAAGGCAUCUAUAAACAAUAUCAACAUUUUACUUUAAAUUAUUGGGGUUAAAACAAACAAAUAUUUAUAAAUAUUUUGACUAACGAUUAAGGCCUAAAUUAUUGGUGGAAAGUAAUCAAAUUAGAAAAUUGGGAAAUUCCGUUUAAUGAAAAGACUUAGCAAUGUA